GGCUCUCUCCUGCAGACCUCUUCCAGGGCAAGGAAAAAAGCUCUCAGAAGCGGAAGUAAAGUGUCUCGGAUUCCAGACAGCUGUAGCAUUUAAAGUUGAGCCAUCUAGUGCCUCGGCGGAAGGCCGCUUCUACGCACAGUAUCCAGGCCGAGUCAGGAGCAGACUCCAUACCUCUACUAGUCUAUGGAAAGGACUGAAAAGGAUCGGAAAGUAUCCUGCGCAGAACGAAAAGCCCGAGAUCCCAAGAGGUGCCGGAAAACCCGUGCCAAGGGAAGGGUUUAGAAGCUUCCCCCGGGGAAGGGAACUCCCCGGGCCAUACCCGCCAAUCAUGGCCGCCCCCAAGGGGGCCGGUCCAGCCACUUGGCGCAUUGCGGCCGCAGCCAGCUGGCAAGUGGUGCGCGAACGCUACGUGGAGCAUUUCCCUCGAGUCCUCCAGUUUCUGCGCUCCCUCCGCGCUGCCGCCCCCGGCUUGGUUCGCUACCGGCACCACGAGCGCUUGUGUAUGGGCCUACAGGCCAAGAUGGUGGUGGAGAUGAUCGUACGAGGCCGGCCUUGGCCUCAGGUUCUGAGUGUCCUGAAUCGCCAUUUCCCAGAGUCUGGACUUAUACCGCGGGACCCUAAAGCUAAAGAGCAGGAUCUGAAGAUUUUGGAGGCACGCGAAACCUUUUGCCAGCAGGUGAAGCAACUGUCAGAGGCCCCCGUGAAUUUGGCCUCAACGCUACAGCAGGAGCUUGAAGAAGAAUAUGGGGAAGCCUUUAUGACCGCCAUGGAGAAGCUGUUUUUUGAAUACUUGUGUCAGCUAGAGAGAGCACUGCCUACCAUACAGGCACAGCAGCUUCAAGAUGUGCUGAGUUGGAUGCAGCCUGAAGUUCCUGUCCCCUCUUCUCUUGCCUUGAGCCAGUAUGCUGUGGACAUGGGGUGGCCACUUCCAGAGCACUUUGUUUCUAAUUCAGUGAACUUGACUGAGCCUGUGGGACAGAAUCCUCCUACACAGUCUAGACCAGCUCUCCACAGUCCUCUGCCAAAAGCCAAGCUGAGCCCUGGGGGACCAGCUUCAAAGAAGCAUCGCGAAUCUUUUGCUGGCCAUCACUUCAAUCUGGCCCCACUAGGUCGGCGAAGAUGCCAGUCUCGAUGGACAUCUGCGAGGGGCAGCUACAAAGAACGCCCCACAGUCAUGUUGUUGCCCUUUAGGAAUCUGGACCCACCAAGCCAAGUCAUAGCUCAGCCUGAGGGCAGGGAAGAGCAUGGGAUGCACACAGCAGACACAGCAGGUGUGGGCACAAAAGCAGCCAUCACCAGCAAGUCAAAGAGUCCAUCUCAGAUUCUGGGGGGAAAGGCUCUGAAGGAAAACCCACCUGCCUUGUCUGCCUCAGGGGAAAUGGAGAAUUGCUUGGGUUGUUACUUGGAACCUCUGAGACUACCCUUAUCACCUUCAGAGGCCAAGAAGCCAGCACAUUGUCCAUCUCUAACCACCUCGAUCAUUACCAUAGGGGACUUGGUUUUGGAUUCUGAUGAGGAAGAAGAUUGCCAGAGAGAAGGAGAGGUGAGUAGGCAGGAACAGAAAACUGGGGAGAAAGAUGGGCAGAACAAGACUGAGAAGCCCACAGGCUCCAGAAUAAGAAGAACUCCAGAAAUCAUUUCCAGUGUUAGGACCCCUCCUGCUCCCUUCUCUGCAGGAGUCUCUAGGAAAAUAUCAGAAGACAAAGUAUGAUACCCUGAUCCCCACCUUCUAUGAAUACCUCCCCACCUAUGGCCGCAGUGCCUUGCCUGCUGCGUCCCAUGACUGCACAGAUAGCUCUAGAGCCCUGUGAUACACUGCAGUGCCCUGUGCCCUCUGCCUGUUUUCUCAGCUCUGCAGGCAGCUUAGUGGUAAUGAAGUGGAAGCUCAGCUGUGGGUUGCCUGAAUAUAUUGAUAAAAGUGGUGUAAUGCUUAAUAAUUAGAUUUUUGGAUUUGUCUCAGCACUGUCUUGAUGUGAAUAACAGUAAUUAACCGCCACCAGUAACUUGCUGGUGACGGCUGCUUUUGUGCCCACACCUGCUGCUUCCAUGGAUCAGCAGAGGUCAUUUAUUAGAACUGGCCUUAUUAGAGCUAAAGGAGCUCCUUGUUCUUUUUCCUUCCUUGGACAGUGUUACUCAUAGGUGCCUAGAAAGGUUACCACAGUUACAAGGGGGUUGGUGCUAACCUAACUCUUCCCACCCUGGAGCAUUACCUAGAUGCCAGCACUGUGCAGAGAUCCAGCAUGUCUUCACAGUUGUGAGCUCUCUGUUGAGAGUAUUUUAAUUAUGUCAGCAUUUCUGAGCUUGAGAUACCUGAGAAUCUCAUUUAAUGAAGAUAUAUUAACAAGAUAUAAUUGUAUAGAUAUGUGCCUCCACACCCAGCUAGUCAAAAUUUUUAAUUUUAAGGCGAACUUUAGAAUUCUUUUCCAGGUCUUUUUUAGGUUAACACUCUUGAAAGAAUCAAAAGAUAGUUUUGUAUCUCUUACAAACUUAGGAAACAGUGUUAAUGAUUACAAAUAGGCUUAUACUAAAGGUAUAAGUGUGUCUUCUGUAUACAACCAAAUAUUUAGUUAAAUUCAGUAGAUGUAGAUACACAUUUUAAUUUGCAUGAUUGAAUCACAUUAAUUGUAAGGAGCAGAGAUGUCAGGAAGUUCUGAUUAUUUUGUAUGUUUAACAUACUGGUGUAAUGUAUAAAAGAGAUCACUUACUGGUUACUGUGUAUCAAACCUAUGUAUUAGCUUUAUAAACUGUACAUUCGCACAGUACAACUUAGCAUGUUUGUUUUAUAUCAGGCAAAAGACAUGGUAUUUAGUGUAUUAAAGGUGUUAUAAUUAUAGCACUUAGGAGACUGAGGCAGAAGUGCACUCAAACUGCAAGUUUAAGGCCAGCCUAGGCUACAUAGUGAAUUCAAGACCAACCUGAGCUGUAUACUGCGAUCUUUCCUUUUGGUCUCAAAAAACCAAAAGGAAAAGAAAAAAGACUUCCAUCCCCAUAAUUUUGUUUAUAGGUUUUUUUUUAAACCAUGAGAAUGUUUAUUUUGCAACUGACUUAAUUCUUUUUUUAAAAUAUUUUUUUUCUUUUUAUCGGUGGUGGGGAUUGACUACUCAGACUACUAAAUACGGGCAUGCAGAGAAGGGACUUAGUUCUUUGGCCAGAAUUUCUGUUUUUACACAGUCACAUUUUUUUUUUUUCCUUCUUCAGGUUUUUAAUCAUUAGAAUUUAUCAGAAGUUAAAAGAAAAACACUCAGCUGAAUAAAUAACACAUUUAACUUAAAGACUAGGAACUUUUCCAAUAUUAAGAAUUGAAGUAGCAGGGCUGGGGAUUUAGGUCAGUGGCAUAAGUACCUGCCUGGCAAGCUCAAAGUCAUGAGUUCAAUCCCUGGUUCCACAAAAAAAAAAGAAUUGAAGCAGCUGAGGUCACAUUUAUUUGUAGGUCUCUAGAUACCUCUAGAUUUAGUUAGAAAAAUAUUCCCUAUAAACUACCAAACUGUCAUCUCAAAACACCCUGAAAGAGCCAGGUGUGGUGGUGCACUCCUGUAAUUCCAGCACUCAAGGAGGCUGAGGCAGGCAGAUCAUUGCAAGUUCAAGACCAGCCUGGGCUACCAAGUUGAGCCCAAGGCCAGCCUGAACUGCAUAGCGAGACUGUCUCAAAAAGUCAAAGGAAAAAAACUUGAAAUUUAUUAUAAAUUAUAUCCAUAUUCAACACCUUUACAAUAUCCAGAAAAGUAAUAGAUUUUUACUAAUAAUCUGAUUCAGCAAAGAGAGUUUAUAUCUCAUGGUAAUACCUGACACCUUGUUGCCUGUGCAGAAGCCUGCCCUAUACUCCCCCUCAUAAAUUCAGCAUUGUUAAAAUGACCCUUAGCCAGUAAAUCUCAGGCAGAGCUAUCAUUGAACAAAGAAAUUCUACCAAGAUUAGCUUUGACUAUUCUUUAAAUGGGGCGUGGAAUUAUGAUUGCUUAGGCUGCUGCAAAAGCCCCUGGAGUUGGUGUUAUCAUGUCUGGGUGUGUCUUGUCCUAUAGUUUUUAUUGACUGCAUCCCUAGGUCCAGUGCAGUUAGUUGUUAGCCAGCUUCCGGAAUGUCUUAACUGGCAAUAAUGUCUCUCAAUUGCUAUCCCCUAGAACUUCAUUAAGUAUCAGGUCAGCCCAGGCCACCUGGAAUGGCUGGCUUCAUUUAUUCCCUUCUACAUUUUCUUUACAAGCAUCCCAUAGCCUGCUGCUGUUUUUUUUUACACAAAUACACGAUGAAAAGAUUUCUCUCCAGAACUAUGUGGUGUUAGCAUUGAUUAGUAAAUUUCAUGCUUAGACAGAUUGAAAAACUCAGACUGUCCUCACAGCAAGAUGUUCACAUGUUAAACUAGUGCUAAAUGGUGGACCCAGGCAUCUCCCUGAGCUGUGUGCUGGAGACUGUGUGGACUCUUCUUGAGGGAUCCUCUUGGGUCUGGGACUAUCCACAAAGCUUACAGAAUCGCAGAGGUGGAAAUGACCAGCCCUAACCAAAAGGGUAUUAGUCUUCUGUCCAAGGAAUGGCAUGUAUCUCUUCACUCUGUUCUUUCCUUUACUGUGCAGAAGCUUUUUAAUUUGAUAUCCCAUAUGUUUAUUCUCAGUUUCUUGUGCAAUUGAGUAUCUAUUCAGAAAGUCCUUAUCUGUGUCUGUGUCUCAACAGUUUUACCCAUUUUAUCUUCCAGCAGAUUGUUUCUGUGCUGAUGUUUUGAUCUUUGAUCCAUUUUGGUUUUAUUUAAGUAAUGAUUAGAAAUCUAACCAGUUUUCUGCAUGUGGAUUGCUGAUUUUGCCAGUACCAUUUGUUUAAGAGGCUAACUUUGUUGUUAUAAUUUUUACAUUUUUAUUAGUAUGCAUUUGUAAUAGUGACUGCACUCUUAGAGGAAGUUGGUAUAUGUUAUAACUUAUCUUAAUUCUUUUCUUUGUCCUCUUCCUUCCCCUCUUCUCCCAUUCCCUCCAUCUCUUGGUCCUUCUCCUAUUUGCAAAAGAUCUGUCUCUCUGUCUUCUAUUUUGCUCUUUAUUUUGGGUUUCUUAUUUAAGAACAUCAUGCAUUAUUUAAGCUUAUGUGUCUGAUUUACUUCACUUUGUCUCAGGGUGCUCCAUUUUCCUAUAAAUGAUUCAGGUUUUUCCUUUAUGGUACAGUAUGUACUCAACUGUACAUAAAUACACAUUUUCUUAAUCCAUUUGUCUAUUAAUGGCCAUAUCCAAGAUUUGUGCUGCUGUAAAUAUGGGUAUACAUGUUUCAGUAUAAUAUGAUGUAUUUAACUCUUCUUGGAAGUUAUAAAGAGGGGGACUAAAUGGGUUGAAUGAAAUUUUUAGUUUUAGUUUUUUGAAAAAUUUCUAUACUGAUUUCCAUCAUGGUUCUAGUUUACAUUCCCACCAUUUGUUCGGUGGUUUCAUUCAACCCUGAUAGUUGUUUUUUUUUUUGGGGGGGGGGUCUAAUGUAUUUCGGACAGUACAGUAUUGUGCCCCCCCCAUAAAUGUGUUGGUGUUUAUCUGAUUUUUUUAUGUCCCAGUAAUGUUUUGUGAGGUUGUACAUGCUGAUGUUUGGUGCAUAUAUAAUUGGCAUCUUUUCCUAUUGAAUUGUUCUUUGGGGCUGAGGAUUUAGCUCAGUGGUAUAAGCACCUGCCUUGCAAGCAGGCAGUCAUGAGUUCGAUCUCCAGUACCGAUAAAAAGGAAAAAAAAAAAAAAAGAAUUGUUCUUUAAUAAAUAUGUGGUGAUUUUCUCUGCCUCUUCUGAUUCAUUCUAGCUUGAAAUCUACUUUGUCUGAGAGUAGGCUAGCUACUUCUGCUUUUUUCCAGGUUCCUAUUUUAUAGAAUAUUGUUUUCCAAUUUUUGAUUUUUAAUCUGUGAGUUUCUUUUUUGAUUAAAUGCUGUUUCUUAUAAAUAGCAUAUUGUUGGGUUUUGUUUCUUGAUCCCUGCUGCCAGUCUGUGUCUUUUGCCUGAAUAAUUGAAACCAUUUACUACUGCUAUGGCAAAUUAGCGAGAAAUUACCCAGAGAAGGCUGAGAAUUGACACAAAUCUAUGCCAUGCCAGAAGUUCUUUUUUUCAAAUGUAUUUAUUUCAAAGAAAAAAAAAUUAAAAACACAUCAGUCAGGAUAACAAGGUACAUAUAUUGCACAUUGUCAUCCCCAAACCCAGAGCACAAUUGUCCAAACCAUAUGAGCACAAAUCUUUCUCUUCAAUGAACUCAGAGAAAUCAAGUAAUAUAACUAUCUUAACAUUUUAUAUAUCUAUUUAUACAUAUAUUGCAUAUGUUAUUUCUUUUAGCUUCUCAUUCUAGUGAAACAAUAAAAAGUUCACAGGUGUGUCUGAUUUACUUCACUAAUGAGUAGGCUCUCAAGUUGCAUCCAUUUUAUCUAUAAAAGUCUCUAUCCUUCUUUAUGCCUGAGCUGUACUCCAUUGUGUAAAACUAUCCUCAGUUGAUGGGCAUUUAGGUUGUUUCCAAGAUCUAACUAAUACAAGUUGUGUUGCUAUAAACUUGGGUGCGCAAUCUCCAGAAGUUUUUAAUACCCUCUCAGUAACCAUUGCAACCUUAUCACUUUUCUUGGAAUUUGCAAGUUCCUCACUUAACUAUGGCAACCCUAUCAUUGUACUUUUAAAAAGUCUUAUUUGAGUGUUACUGAGUAUUACAGGAUCUUCCUAAACAUCUGGGUGGUUAACCUUUGAUGCAAGCAAGGGUUAUCUUGACCAUCAUUUGUCUCUUCUCUUAUGGUUUAUGACUACAAGGGAUGGAGAUUCUCAGGAAUUAGAAAUAGAAUUCUCAGGGCUAGGGAUUUAGCUCAGCGGCAUAAGCAGGCAGUCUCGAGUUCAAUCCAUGAUACCAAUAAAAAAAAAAAAGAAAGAAAGAAAGAAAUAGAAUUCUCCUAAAGAGUAACUACAAACUAAGAUGGAGUCUCCAUUGCCUCCACAUUUCCCCAUUCGAGGACAUACUUUUUAGGACAUGUGUAGUCCUUCAUAUGGCAAUGGUUCAUAACUGGACUUGCAUGCAUCUGUUUUAGUACUGUCAUUUGUUCCUGAUUUAUACUACUUUGGAUGCUAUCUUUUACCCAGUUGGUUAAAAAUGGCCUAAAAGAGCUGGGCAUGGUGGCCCACACCUAUAAUCCCAGGCUGAGGCAGGAGAAUCUUUUCAAGUUCAAGACAGCUUGAGCUACAAAGUGAGCUGAAGGCCAGCCUGAAUUGCAUAGUGAGACCCUGUCUCAAAAAGACUACAUAAAACAAAAAAAUGGCCCAAAAGUAGGGAACAGGAUUAUAAUUAUUAUUGGCCCUGCAAGUCCAGUACCUAAUGAAGUCAGCCCCUGAGUCUAGUUGAAUAUCUGUUCAUACCAGCUUUCCUACCUACCAUUUUGGUAGGCCUUACCCUGAUCCUGAGUGCUCUGGUCCAGUUUUUCUAGUGUUUUGUUUGUUUGUUUGUGACCCUGGAGCUGUUUGCCUAAAAACAGUUUUCCCCUCAGGCUGUACAUAGUCCUUUUUAUUCCAUAAAAAGUAGAUUGAGUCCUCGUCUGUUUUGCAGAACCAACUCAGCUAGUGAAUUCACUUUAUUAUGUAGCUGUCCAAGCAUAUUGCAGACUCCUACUACAUCCUGUGCUGUAGUUCAUGAUACCUCUGUAAGUCUUUGGAGACCCAGCUCUGAACUGACUUGUGCUCCUGUAAUUAAUCCAGUGGAUCCGGCUGUGCUUGUCUUUACCGACACGCAAACCACAGAAGCUCAUUAGGAUCAUGUCUCUUUGGGCAGUAACUGCAGGGACUCAUUAUCUCUGAACUUCCCUCUUGAAUUAUUCGGAUUUGGGGGGACCAGCAUUGUCAGGAGGUAGGGACCCAUACCUGUAAAGGGUCCAGACAUUUAAAUCCAUUAAUACAGAAAAACACAAGUUCCCUUUGGUGCCCAGUAUAUCGAGUCUUGGGACACAGUGUGGUUACAUGUAACAUGGUUGUGUCCCUGGCCCACACAGGACCCCUGUCUGUACCCAGUUUCUAUAAUAAGUAGAGGUAGAGGCUCUCCCUCCUCUGGGGUGCAAGUUGGGUGAGGGCAACUACCUCCCAAAAGCGGGGGGGUCCAGUCCUAAACACAUCCAGGGUGUUGUGGCUAUUUCCAGGUCUAAUAGAUGAAGGACAUGAUGAGUUUCAUUGAGCACUGUGUAAAUACACGUUUGUGUACUUACCUCUGCAGUGUUAACACGGGUACUCUCAGGCUGAGACAUUCUCCUUCAAGGGAACAAUGGGCAAAACCUUUGACUUAGAAUUGUCUGGGUGAUACAAUUCUCAGGAGAGUGCAGGAAGAAGGGUGGCUGCCUUUCUUGGAGUUAUUCCUAUUCUGGAUAUAUAGAUGAAGAUUCCCGGAUCUCUCUAUUCUAUUUUUCAUGUGUACAUGUGAACACCCCAAGGGAGUCCCGAUGCCCAUGUGAGAUCAUUAAUGUCUUUGAGGAUUAUUCUAAUCUGCAUAAAAACAGUACUCAGUAUGGUAACAAAUCUGCUUUUCUCGGGUCAGAGAUUUAGCUCAGCAAACAUAAGUGCCUGCCUGGCAAGUGCAAGGUUGAGAGUUCAAUCCCUGGUACACACACACACAGAAAGAAAAUCUGCUUUUCUCUAUACACCUGGAUAGGUCAUUCAUUCUGAGCCCACCAGUGCAAUUCUGGUUCUUAAGUUUGGUCCUGCCCAUCAUACCAUCCUCCCUGAAAUCCUACACUUGCUCAUAACCCCAGCAUGGGCAGUAUGCUUCCCUUUCAUUAUUAAAAUUUCUCCCUUUUUACCUUAUGCAUAAAUGUAGCCCAGAGUUUACUAGGUCUGUAUCAUUGCUGUGUCUGUUGAUUGCCUUUUUCUGAACCUCACACACACAGAAGGGGUGACUUUUAUUCUUGUCUUGCCACCAGUGAGGGUUCCAAAUUUUACAUAUAGGGAUUACAAAUCUGACAGGAUAAAUGGAUUUAGGGAGAAAAAUCAACAGAUUGCUGGUCAUAGGGGAAACACUGUGAUGCCCGCUCAGCUUGUUUAAUCCCAGUAGUCUUGUGGUCAUUCAAUCAUGUAAUUGCAAAAGUGUUCCCCAGACUUACCAGGGAUAGCUGUCUUUAGCUGUGAGCUGGUUUCUUCCAAAAGCAGCAGCAGGAGAGCUGGAACCGGCAGCAGCCUGGGUCAUGACUCAAGUCCAGCUGUAGUGAGCAUCUGUCAGAGUCUUUGGGAGCAUCAUGGUGAGUAGGUCUCUGAUGCAGCUGAUAGAGGCCCACUUCUUGACUCAGGAGUGAGGAACCCAUGGAGUACAACCUGAAAGGGUAUUUUUGGAUUUUUGAGGGGGAGAAGGGGUUUGUUUUGGUUUUUAUGUCUUUUUUGAGACAGGGUCUCACUAUGCAGUUCAGACUGGACUUGAGCUCCCUUUGUAGGUCAGGCUGGUGUCGGACUCCAAACAAUACUCCAGCCUGAGCCUCCCAAGUGUCAGAAUGCACCACCACGCCCAGCUAACCUGAAAAUUUUAAAGCGAUUGGGAUCAUUAACAGGACUUUAUCCCCCAUCCCCAUUUUGGUUGGAGGGGCUCCCCUUUCUGUGCUUUAAGACUUUGUCUUGGUUCAAAACAAUGGACCAGGCUGGGGAUUUAAUCAGCCCCAUAAGCGCCUGCUUGGCAAGUGCAGGGUCGUGAGUUUGAUCCCCAGUACAAAAAGACCAGAUGGUGAAUCAGAAUUGGAUGACAUUACAGCAGUCUCCUGGAGGUCCUUUAACAUUUACUGACAAGUCCGAAGUCCCAAUCUCUUGAAGCCCUUCUAGUGCAGAUACAAGCAGAGUCAGUCCAUCCCAGUACUGGGUGCACCAUGAAUGGAGAAGCCACAGGAAGCAUUAUGACCCAGUUUGCCCCACUCUCUUGUCAAAGCUUUGCCAAUUUGGUUUUGUUUUUCAUACAACCUGAACUCUGAGAUUGAUAGGCUGUAUGUAGCUUUCAUGUAAAUUCCAAGGCCUCUGAGAGACCUUUAAUUACUCAACACUUUAAAAAGCAAGUCUGUUAUCUGGACUCAGUUAUGGGGAGCCUGUAAGGAGGUAUCAUUAACUCCAUUAGGGCUUGUAACUACUUCCUUUGAUGUCUCAGUCCUAGUAAGGGAGCACCUCCACCCAGCUCAGGACUGGCAAAUACUUUUUGUUUCCUCUAGUGGACUUGAUUUCAGUAAAGUCUACUGCAACAUCUUCAAAUGGCAAAGUUCCUUGUCUCUGGACACCCAAUUGUAAAGGCUGUGCAACCAGGUUGUUAUGGGUGCAGGCUUCACAUUGUGAAGCCACCAAAGCUCAUAAAGUCUACAGUCAGCACAAAUGGUGGCCAAGCAGGCAUCUCAUAGCAAUCUUCCCCAUGUGCAUGUGGCUGUGUAAGUGCUAUAUGACAUAAAGUCCCAGAGUUUCCAAGAGGAAGACUCCUCCUUCUGGUAAAACUUGUCACCCAGUUUCUCUGUGGCCCUUUGCACUUCAGGCCAUGACAGCUCCUUUUUUGAAUACUUGAGUGGCUUGAGCAGUGGUACCACCAGGACACAAGCUGUAGGAAAUUGUUUUCCAAGAGCAGCCUAUUUAGUAGCUAAGUCCCCUGCAUGAUUUCCCUGGGCUUCUAAUGACUCAUUUUUCUGUUUUCCUGAGCGAUGUAUUACAACUACCUUGGAGAGAACCAGAUAGCUUGUAACAACUUCAGUAUUUCUUGGGAAUUUUUAAUGUCCCUCCUACUGUUAGUAAGCCUCUCUCCUGGUAGAUGACACAGUGCAAUUGUAGGAUAGCAAAUGCAUAGUGAGAGGCACAAAGUGAGAGCAAUCAGUUCACUGUGCUGAGGUCCCAGGAAGCAAAGCCUCUGACCAAACAGUCUGUUCAAGGGAAGUGACUGCUGUAUUUGCCCUCUGAACCCAUUGAUAACCUUGGUGCUGCUGUCUGCAAAUAGGCACAAGUCCAGGACCUGGAGGGAUGUCCUGCAGGUUCAGCCAGGUGGAAUACACCAUCUUGAUGGCAAGUGUGCAGUUAUGUUUAGAUGACUCCAGGUGUGUGGGCACAAGAGUGUGUGUGUACAAUGACUUGUACAGUUUUGAUAGUCUAAGGUCCUCUUAUAGGGUUCCUUGAUAUUGAGCCAGUCUGGUUUCUGCUAUUUACCAUCAGGGCCUCCCAACAGGGUUUCCAUUGCAUGGGGUACAAACACGUUUAAUUUCUUCCCCAAAGUGAAUUUAUCUGUUUCUUUUACUAAAAUGGCCAUGGUGGUAGUGGAACAUAAGAAAGCCAUCCAGCCACCACGGAGUCCAGUCUUAGAUAUGCCACUGCACAUUUUCAUGGCCUUUCUCAUGGAGGAAAAGUUGGAAAAGCUUCGUGAUAUCAGGCAGUGCCAGAGCAGGGGCACUUAUCAGUCUCUCUUUGAAAUCCUUAAAAGCUGGCUGGCAUUCAGGGCUCUACUCCAGCAAGGGACCGUUUCCCACUCUCAAAGCUUCAUGUGGAAGUUUUGCUAUUGCUGCAAAAUUAAGGUGACAAUAUCUGGCAGCUUCUAGUUCUUUCAGUUGCUUCCUGGUUACUGAUACUUUAAGGCCCUGGAUGGCCUGCGUGCAUGUAGCUGACAGAAUAUGUCCCAUCAUUUAACAUAAACCCCCAAAAUUCAAGUUUGUAUACAAAUUUGAGCCUUUUUCUUACUUACUCAUACCCCUUAUCUUGGAGCAGUCCCUGCAAUUUUUUGUCCCCUCCUGACACAGUUUGCAUGUUUCAGCAGCUAAAAUCAAAUCAUCUACAUAACUGUAACAGAUUUCAGGAUUUUCCUGGCUAAAAGGAACUAGAUCUUUGGAUAAAGUAUCUGCAAAAAUUGGCAGAGAAUUCUGAAACCCUUAUAACCUUGUCCUGGUUAGUUGACACCUUUAUCUCCCCUCAGGUUCCUCCCACUCAAAAGUAAGUAUGUCUUGCGACCCCACAGACAAGGAAAUACAGAAGAAAGCAUCCUUUAGAUCUAACACAGUAUACGAGGUUCGUGUGGGGGAGGUAAGCAGGAUAUAGGAGUUUGGAACUGUAGGGUGAAGUCAUAAACACAUUAUUUACAGAUCUUAAGUCCUGGACUGUCUUAUGUCUUAUGCUUAAGUCCAUCUGUCCCAUGCUUCUGGACAGGCAGAAAAGGUGCAUUCCGUGGGGACUGCAUUCUCUCAAUAUUCCCGCUUCCAGUAUUCUUUUCACAUAGGGUUUAAGUCCCUUUCUUCUUAACCUCCAUGGUCAUUGGGUACUGCUUCAGCUGGACCAGCUUCAUAUGUCCUGCUAAUUCCAUUAUCACCAGUGGGCACAUGAGCCACCAAACCAGGGGGGGUUGUCCUCUGGCCAAACCAAGGGGAAAUGCUGAGUCCAAGAAAGAAGAUCAGGGCCUUUGGCUGUCACCCUUUGCUUCUCCAAUUCCCAGAGGUGAUAUUCUUCCUGCAUAGGAGAGGUUACUAUGAGAACAUGAUCCUCAGAUGAAGGUUCCUCUCUGGUAGUCAAAAUGGUUUCUGAAGGGGUAAGGGUGAGGGUACAGCUUGUGAAGAUCUUGGCUCAGGAGGGGGGAAGGACAGUUAGACAUAAGCACAAAGGAAUGACUAUUUGCUGUCCAAGCCAAAUCUGCCAUCACUCACAGAAAAAAUAGGUAAAGGUUUGGCCAAUCAUCCCUUGCAUCCCUUGUUUUCCUACUUAUGAGUGGGGCUGCCAGCUGAGUAACUACAGCUACAUCUGUACCCUUGUCCACCAGGAAUUUAACAGGUUUCCCUCCAACAUUUACAGUUAACAUAAAUUCCUUGGGGCUGAGAGACAGGGAACCGUGACUCGGUCAGUCUAAGACUGCCUCUGUAUCCAUCACUAACAUUUCCUUCUUUUUCUUGUAGCAACUUUGGACAUUCUCAUUUGAGAUGCCCUAUCUCCUUACAAUAGGUACACUGGCUUGGGUCUGAGGGGAUGCAUCUUGCUCCUUGUUGAGAGCAUUUUUCUUCCUUUUUUAAAAUCCCUGGUCUCUGCCUGAGCCUCCUUUCUAUAAGUGGCUAAUAUUUUCUGUUCCUCCAGAAGUGUCUAUCUUUUAUCGUUUCUAUUAUUACAUACUUUCUGAACCACUCUUCAACCAACUGUGCUAUGGCCAUUUCUGUAGACCCAUCUAGUUCUGUAGCUUGCAGCAAUUGUCAGCAGCCAACUGAAUGACAGAAGGCAUGUUUAUCAUCCUAAUGUUCCCCGCUUGCUAGAGGUUGAACAGGGUAUGUGUUCAGUAAGCCUCAGGAGGUGCUCAAGGAAUGCAGAUGGGCUCUCCUUGGUCAUCUGACGUACCUCCACUCUGCAAGUUUGUGGAGAGACGGGCAGCUGCAAGAAGCCCUUUUAUCAUGGCUGCAUGAUACACAUCCAGAUUUUGAGCCCCUAGGGCUACAUUCAAGUCCCAGUUAGGUGUCUCUCAGGGAAUAACAUGUUUUACCCUCUCAGCAAUUUUCAGCUUAGUCCCUUGCCCUUCUGACCUUAUGUAAUCCUCAGCAGCUUUCCAGAUUCUUUCAGGGACUGAGAGCUGAGGAGGACAUCUCAGCUGUCCUGUUGUUGUACUGAGCGCCCCUUGCAGGGUGUAGGACUCAGCACCUAGUUCUGAGGGUUUCUUGUCCUCAAGAGAGAGUCUGCUACUGGCUUCAGGGAGGCUUAGUGGAGACAGCAUCCACAGGGUGCAGCUGGCCCUGCGUGGGAAGAACUGGCUGCUCCUGCACUCUAGGGUGCUCAGUAUGGAAGAGGUAGUACUGAAGAGGUAAGACAGAGGGGUUCAUCCUCCUCAGAAGCUGGGGGAAAUACAGGGGAUUUUGUGCCAACAGUGUUUUUCUUGAAUCAUCAGAACCUAUUGAGGAAAUUCCCAGACAUACAAUUUGAGCCAUAGGGUCAACACGUGAACCACACAUAACCAGAAAUCAAUACACGGAAACUGAUCUAGAUGCCCUGGGUUCCUGGUGACAACGUUUCAUACCCUACUUAGGGGUCAAGUGUCCCCUCUGAAAGCCAUGCAACCUUAAUAGUAGGCCACUCUGUCUCACAAAAAGCUUGGAGUUUUCCCUUUCUCAUCUUAACCCAUAAUCACUGCCUUUAAACUUGACAAAAUUCUUAAGCAUACAUUUCAGAACAGUCAGUGUUCUGCCAGUUGUGCCCACUGUGACCAGAGUUCAAACAAAACUCACAAAGCCACAGCCUUAUCUUGGCAAGUCCUCCCUCCUCCACUCACCCAAGGAAACAAAGUCUGAGACUAGCAAAAUGUGAAAAGAUGGCAAUCUUUGCAAUGAUCUGCUGCAGGCAAGCUGAGCUCUUCUGAGUUUCCUGGUAUAGAACUGCAAGGGGUAGUCCGGGGAGGUAGACCAUAGCAAAUAAGGGGGAUUUCAUUCUACCAUCUCUUUGAAGGCAAAUAUUUUUAUUACUGUUUUGCUCUAUUCUCUAACAGCUUUCUUUUAAACAGCUUUAACGGGUCUGUCCCUGUGCCAGACUUCUGGGGUUUUGACUAUGAUGUGUUUUGGAGGGGUUCUGUUUUGAUCAUGGCUGUUUGGGGUUCUAUAUGCAUCACUUAUCUAUAUUUCUUUCCUUAUAUUGAGAAGCUUUCUCACUGUUACUUCUGUAAAUAGGUUUUUUUUAUGCCAUUUGUGCUGUUGUCUGAUUUUUCACUUAACCCAGCCAAUCUUAAAUUAAUCUUCUUUGCCUCAUCUGGCAGCUGUUGGAUCCGUUUUUCAUAUUCUCUUGUUGUUUUUAAGGUCUGAAUAGCUGAUUUCUGACACGAGCCCUGACUUCUAAUUCUAAUGCUCUGUCCUCACAUUGGUCACUUCUGCUUGUACUUUCAAGAUAAUUUUUUUUUAAGUUCCUGAAUUUCUAUUUGAAACCUUUCCAUGGAUUCAAAUUCUUUGCUAAACUGGUCAUUCAUGUUUGUAUAAUUUUGUUUAGCUCAGCUAGCUUUUUAUUAGUGUCUUCUGUAAUAUCCCUGAUUACCUUGUUUAUUACAUCCAUUAUCUUUUGAAUUAUAUCUUUUGUGAGCCUACUGGGCACUUUGAUUUUUUUUCAUCUUACACAAUUUUAUUUUGAAAAAUAUCAGAAGUUAUCUGGGCAAGGAGAAAGUGUUCUACUUAAUCAACUUCUUUGUGUUUUUCUGUAUUAAAUUAUAUUUUAGAUCACGUAUGGAGUACAUGCUUAUAAUAGCAGCACUUGAAAGGCUGAGGCAAGAGGAUCAUCAUGAGUUUGUGGCCAACCUGGGCUAUAUAAUGAAUUCAAGUCCAGCCUGUACACAGUGAGACCCUGUCUCUAAAAUAAAAUAAAAUAAAUUUUAGAAUAAAACAUCUAGAUGCUGAUGUUGUACCAAAUAUGCAGGUAAGAUGAUGUAGAGUCACCUUUCACAGUGAAUGCAUGAGUCCCAUAAUGAACUGAACUUUCCCUUUCUAGAGCACUAAAACAAAAGCACAUCAGGGUGAAUGAUUUGGGGAUGACAGUGCACAAUGUAUACACCAUUGUUGUCCCCAAUUGAUGUGUUUGGAUUUUUUUAUUUUUUUCUCUUCAAAAUAAAAUGAAUUAAAAAAAUAAGUUUGUAGCACAGUGAUGCAUAUAUAUAUAUGUUUUACUCCUGCUGAACACCAAGGGGUCAGAUAUAUUAGUGAUGGUAACUAAUGAAGAUGAUGACUAUGAUGAUAAUGACGAUAAAAUAAUAAAGAAUUCCAACAGAGUUAACUUCUUGGACAGUUAGUUGGUAAGAGGUGAGUUGUUUCUAGUUAUAGAGCACCUGACUGUGGUACACUUAGUGAUGUUGUCAUGGAAACCUGCAUGGAUGAAGCACAGGUCAUUAUUGCACGCAGAGAAUGUUUGCAGAUGUUGGAGUGUUUGCAUGAUAAUCAAGUUAUCCACUGAGACAUCAAAAGUGAUGAUGUGCUUUUGGGAAUAGAAGGAUGGGCUAAAUUUACUGAUUGGUUUUUGUGUCCAGAUAACCCAUAAGCAGAUCAAAUGCAAUACCAUUGUUGGAACCCCUUACUGGAUGGCACCAAAGGUGGUUACCUUGAAAGCGCAUGCUUUCUGGGUGCCAUUACUAUUGAGAUGGUCAAAAGAGCCUCGGUGGGCAACCCCACUUUCUGGGCCCCUUCUGUCUCUGUUGGACAGAAACUAUCUUUCUCUCAAUAAAUUCUUCCUAUUCUUAAUCUCCAUUGUUCCUAGAAUUCAUUCUUCGAUUUUAGACAACACAGACUCAGUGUUUCAGACAUCUAGCAGUCAGGAGUCAUAUUUCCCUUGUAUUAUUUGGAUUACUUGGAGAGUCUGUACCAUCCUUAUAUCAUAUGCUCUAUGUCAUAUGGAGGUCUUCCACAAAGAUAACUGGAUGGAAGUAAGAGUUUGCUUUUGUUUCAUAGAUUCUGGAUUGUGACUCACUUAAGUAAUCAAAAAUUUUAUGCUUUAAAUUUUAUUUUAUGUCUUUGUCAAUUGCUUAGUGUUUUGUUAAAAUGAUAAAUUUAAGUUGAGAACACGGGGAGGCUAUGAUACUUGUUUAAUGGGACAAUUUGUUCUUAUUUUGUAUACACUGCAUUUGGAUUUAGUUGCUGAAUUAACUAGUGUUAGCUGAAUUAUUAGCUACAUGCCUAUAAUCCCAGCACUCAGGAGGCUGAGUCAGGAAGAUGGCCUCAAGCUCAUGGCCAGAUUGGCCUACAUAGUAAUCCGUACCAGCCUAAAUACAUAAUGAGACCUUGUCUCCAAAAAAUAAAUAAAGAAAGAAAAACAAAACAAAACAUCUGAAUUUACUAGCAUUCCUAGCUUGACCUGAUUAUUAUGGUUUGUUAUCUCAGACAACAGUGCUAAGGAAAAGUUGUGUUACAGUGACCCCUAGUGGACUUUGACAUGAAGUGCUAUAAAAUGGUCUUUAUGAAAUCUAGUUUAUAUUUAGAAACUUCAUACCUAAUUAAUAAAUCAUGGAACCCCUUCCAUCAGUUAAAGGUAGGUAGGUCAGUGGCCAUUCUUAAGACUUGGAGGACAAUUGGUGGUACACAUCUGUAAUUCCAGCACUGAGGAGGCUGAGGUAAGAGGAUUGCUGUGAGUUCAAGAACAGCCUGGGCUUCAAAGUGAGCUCAAGACCAGCCUAAACUGCAUGGUAAGACUUUGUCUCAAAAAGAAAAAAAGACUUGAGCAAGUUUCACUGAGACAAACUGGCUUGACCCUUCCCUACAAGCUGAAGAAAAUGUUGAGUCUGUUUUGCCUGUUUCAUGUCUGGUCUGAUCUCUCGCUGGUGAGGAUCUUUGUGAUCUUUGUGAUCUUUCCCUGCUACUUUGUCCUUUCCUUUUUUGGAGUCAUGUAAGGUAGAGAACUCUAAACUUCCACACCUUUUCCUCUAGCCCAACUAAGAACCUUUAAGUUAAGUCAUAUAAAAUGAGUGUUUGCUAACACCAAAGACAGGGAAGUCACCUGAGAUGAGGAAGUCAUAUCCCUUCUCUGGGUCAGAUGAGACAUUAGAAUUUUGCCCAUCCAGGAGAACACACAGAGGCAAUGCUGUUGGAGACUUUUCUUAAAGCCUUCAUUGAGAGCUGUACUACAGAUUUGGGCUUUUUCUCUCUCUGCUAGUAAGUUAGUUUUUCUCCAACUCCUCAGGACUUUAAAACCACCUUGUCCUCAGACUGCCCCUCCCUCCAGAAAGGCCGAGGCAUCUUGCAACAACUGUUUGUCUUUCACCAAGGAAAGAAGCCAUCAAGAGAAUGAUUUACAAAAAAAAAAAAAAAAAAAAAAAAAAUGGGGCUGAGGAUUUAGCUCAGCGGCAUAAGUGCCUGCCUUGCAAGCAGGCAGUCGUGAGUUCGAUUCCUGGUACCAAUAAAAAGGAAAAAGACCAAAAAAAAUGAUUUACAUUUAUGCCUUGCGUGUACUAAGAGUAAAAAAGAUUUUAUCCAUUCUACUCUUUCAUUUGCAUGUAGAAAACUGAUACAGCUGGGUGUGAUACACCUGUAAUCCUAUUACUUGGGAGGCAAAGGCAGGAGAAUUGUGAGUUUGAGGUCAUCCUGGGCUAUGUAAUGAGUUCGAAGCCAGUCUGACCAGCAUCAUGCAACCCUGUCUCAAAAAACAAAAAAACCAACCCCAAUACAUUUGGCUUUACUAACAUAUGAACUGUGGCUGCUAGAUGAUGAUAUAAGUGUAACUUGUGAGCUUCACAAACAUAUAAAUUUUAAAAUGGACUUGAAAAAGCAUAACCUUGUCUUGCUGCUAAGAAAGGUUGCCUACGUGGUUAGAGAGAUGACACAAAUGCCUUAGAGGCUUCUUUACCCUAGAACUUAGGGCACAAUUUCUCCAACCUAUUUACCUUAUCUCUAAAAGUGGUCUCUUUUGUGGGAUAUGAAAGUACUGACCUUUGAUCUGUUCAACUGUCUGUCUUGCUCUCUCUCGAAUCAGAAAGCAGUGCUAAGCAAUGCUUCCUUCUUUAAACAUGACUAUUACAGCUGAACUCAAUUACAACUUGUUUGUUUUGUUUUGUUUUUUUCUUUAGUUUUAAAUUUUUUCUUCUUUUCUUUUUAUCCUUGAAAUAAAAUGGAUUUGGAAAAAAUAUGUAAUUUGUUUUAAAAACACAUACCAGAGUUAGCAAUUUGAGUUCCCAGGGAUGAUGUGGUCAUGCACUGCCUAAGGAUAUCUAAUCCAGCAACUAUAUAUCUUCUACGUAUCUCCUGUCCUUUGUCUUUCAGACAGCAGACACUUACUCUGGAGUGAGUCACCUUGGGGACACCUUGGAGAUAUAGAAAUCAAGUAGAAAUUUAAAGGGCUACCAAUUCUUUCUUUGUAUUCUCAGAUGUGAAAGCUGAUGACAAAAUCUCUAACUCCUUUGGAAUAUAUUCUUAGUCACUAGGAAAUGUUCAACCCUUAUGUGUUAAGAGAAGAACUACAGUAUUUUUCUGUACCUGCACACGGCCUACCUACUCCCUAGAACCAAAAUAAAAUACAGCGGGAAAUUUUAAUUAUGAUACUGUGUUACAACUCGAAUUGUAAGAAAAAGUGGUCAGAUUUACCUUAUGUUUAGAUUUUCUUUGCAUUAAGAAAAAAUAUUUGUGUUCAAACCAAAUGUACAACACAAGAAAACCAGAUACUUAGUCCUUAAGGCAUCCAGUAUUACUGAAUCUAAGGACAAUGUUUCCAAGGUGUAGGAAACCACUCAGACUGUUUCAAAGCUCAGGAGCAUCUAAGAACGUUUAAAUAUGUGACCCCACUUCAGUGAAAGAGCAUAGCAGGAUAGUUAUGUAACCAUGACUUAACAAUGAACAAUUACACAUGUGCCAAUGAGGAUAGUAUGUAAGAAUCUAAAUAUGUGAUAACAACAUGUAUAAGACUCGUACAAUAAAGACACAGGCUGCUCUUGUGCAAAAGCACAAGAGUGCAAAAGCACUCUUAAUCCACUAAGCAACUACUGCUGCUGUGUUGCUGAUAGCUGACUGCUUUCUUUGGGGAUCUCACACAUGAAUUUACUUCUUCAUCCUUCUCAACCCCAAUACAAGUCAACUUUAAUACAAGCCUUGCCUACCAUUACUGAGUCUGAGGCUUCCCCUAUUCGUUCUUUGGGUCCUUGAGGGUGGAGUUUCUAGGCCAGCUACAACUAAAGUCUCCAUGAGGCUGUAUCCAUCCUUAGCUGAAUUUUUUCAAGCUCCUCAAGGGCAGUAUCCUCUAAAGGAAGUAAUGAGUAAUUUGGAACUACCUACAUUCAUGAAUCCUUUUCUCUCAGUAACCUAAAACAAAUCAAGCAAGAGCUAGGAAAGUUCUCAGGUGACCCUUAUAAGUACAUUGUGCUCUUUAGAGAAUUUACUCAGGCCUAUAAACUAGAUCAGGGAAAUGUAAUCAAACAUUGAUUUAAAUCAAACAUUGACUUCUAAUGAAAGACAAUUGGUACAGACUUUAAUCUGUGAGUUUCUUAACUGUAUUAUGGAUACCCAGGGAUAUAAUUUUCAGAAUGGGUUUAAGCAGAGCCUUUAUAACACUGCUGCAGGGGGAAAUUAUCCGGUGAUUGGAUAGAGAACCCAAAAUGUCCCAAAGACCUCCUAGUGCUGCGGCCAAAAUUUUUUUUAACUAUUACCUGUCUCUGUCUGUCCCUGGAGGUGAUAGAUAUCUUUAGAACUUUUUGAUUAAAAGUCAUUUAUUAGAAAGUAAACACUAAACAAUAUAACUAAAAUGUUCUCAUUUUCUCUCUCUCUUUUAAAAGGUUAAAAGCAGCCUUUCAGGUUCUUUGAUUAUUGGUUUAAUUUUCUGCUUGGCAGUUCAGUUGCAGUUAAUCAUAGCUUUUGUCUCUGGAGGCAUGUUUUGUUAAGGAUUAGAGACACCCUGGGAAAGCUCUUGAUCUUAAUUGUGUUUCUGCAGUUGAGUUGGCUAGAAUUUAGUUCUUGUGCCAUACUCAGAGUCAUUCUUCUCUCCCUUCUUCACUACCUUGCCUGAGAAAUAACAGUUCACAACAGUGUUUGGUCCAGGGUAACUCUCUUCUUCAUGUCUGCUGGAUUUUAGGACCAAGCUUCCAGAAUGGUGAGUUUAGUCCCUGGGACAUUUGCAGAGUAAAACUGACUUUUAACUAUCUCUGGGCUAUAUUCUAAAAAAUUGGUCUAUAUUUAAUCCAGAACCUUCAAAGAAUAAAUGUAACGUUUUGGUCUAAGUUUAUCUGCCUUUCAGUCCUUACGCAGUGUUUGAGAUUAACUCCUCUUGCCUCUUCCCUCAAGAAUGAUGCUGACUGUCUUUUAUAGCACAGGGCAGACGGACCAACUUUUAUGACCCAGAUAAGUUCAUUGAUAGAACAAAAUAUUCCUAGGAAAACUUACGAGUCUAACUACAGUUUAACUUUUACUAGCCCCCCCCCAGCCAUCUGACUAUCAAACCAACAAUGAGAAGCCUGUAUAGCAGGAUAUUCCAAUCAGAUAAGCCAUCAGCCUAGGGCCUGUGUUAAAAACUGUCUUUGCUUUCGUAGGUAUAAAAUGUUUCUGUUCUUUCUGAUUCUUAUUACAAGAGAUCUUUGUAACUUGAUGUACAAAAAAAUUCUAGAAGUGUAUUCAUAGUAAUUUAAAGCUGUAAAAGAGUUAUUAUAAUUCAACUUGGCCAAAUAUAUCCUAGUGCACUCUUGUUUUAUAAACAAAUUGUCUUAUGCAUGUUUGUCCAUCUGUCUGUCCAAUCUGUAACCAGUGCCUAUACUUCCAGCUGUUUUGUUUGAGGUACGUGAUUUUUUUUUUUGCCUUCCGGAUUUUUAAAGUAUUUGUCAGUAAUUUAAAUUGGCUUGAAAAUAAAUGCCAUUAGAGUUAAAGACAUGCUUCCACCCAAUUUGCCAGCUAAGGAAAGUGAUGUCAAGACUAGUUUUACAAAUGCAAUACAUAUUGUUGUCUGUGUACUAUAACUCAGAAAUCUUUCAUUAUUAAAGAAUAAUGUGUUAAUCAUUAAGAUUUAGUUCUCACAGGUCAUCAAAAAUUUGUUAAGAUAAUUAAUUUGGGACACUUUAGUCUUAAGAAGUUGCUGGAUAGGAUUGUCCUUAGUGAAUAAAGGAGUGGCUACCUAGAAAUAUUUUCUUCCAGGCUUUUUUCACCAAUGGAAUCCCAAUAGUUUCCAUAUUCUAAAGAGAGACACACCCCAAUAAACAUUGCCAAACAUAUUACUGUGAUAUGUUUACACUAGUCAUCAUCAAAAGGCUAAGUUUUCUGUGGUUAAAAACAAAGAAAUUUCAUUAAAAGAUGUUCUUGAUGUAAAACUAAAUUGACAAAAAAAGGACUUCUCUCAUUAUUGCUAAUUUCAUAGUAUACUAACUGUAUUCAUGCCUUCUGGGUGUACAAGUCUUCUAAGAUAUAAAACCAGGAUUGUUUAUAGUGAUAACUGUUGGGAGCCGCAGCCCCGAGCCCGGUCGCCUCACUUGGCGGACGUGAGGCCUGUAGUAAAGAGUGAGGCCUGAGGUAGAUUACCCCUCCCAUCGAAUAUGUUAGUUUCCUGCUUACCGCGUAAACAACCCGCUCAACAAUAUAGUCUGCCUGGCAACUGAUGAUGUUAGCCAAUCAGCUUGCCUUGCUUACUUUAACAUGAUUGGACACUGUACCCGUAUAUAUACCGGUGCCACCCCUGGGCGGAAGUAGAAGCCAGGUAGAAGCCCGGAAGUAGAAGCCCAAAAGGAGCCGCGGAGAGCGGACCGGUAGAGGCUUUGGGGCAGACUGAAGCACAAAAGGAGCCGCGGGGAGCGGACCAAAGGAGGCUUCAGCUGGGAGAACCCAGGGCAGGCUGUACGGAGAAGGAAAAUAAAAAGAAAAGGUUGUCCACUACCAGACUUUGUCGUGUGUCCUUCCUGCCGGCCGGGAGCGGACAUCGACAUUUGGUGGCCCGCCCGGGGACUGAUCACCCCCGAGACGUGAAGUGGACAACGCUCCAGUACAGAGCUGCGAGACAGGUGAGUUGGGGAUAAGCCUGGGCUCUGGGUGGCGCGCACCUACAGGGCUUUUAGACUCCCCUCAGGCUCACGCGUAAGUGGCGGAUUCCUUGGGCCUCACGCGGUGAGUAACAUAUUAAAAAAUGGGAAACAUGCUAGGUAGCAACACUAAGAGCGAGGGUGGUUGUGGAGAAAGCUCUCAAGAGCUUACAAAAGUACGCAGGGUAUCUGAGCAGGCCCAGUCAGGGAGCUCCCGAGAGGUGUCUGUCAAGGGGAACAAGGAUGCUAAGGAGGAGGACGGGGCUCUAGCCUCGGAGUCGUCUGACUCCGAGGACGAGGGAAAGUUGAAUGGCAGGGAGGCCAAAGAGACCAGCUGUCAGGAGCCUAAGUCGCUCAAUAAGGAGUCGCAGGGUUCUUUUCCAGCGUUGCCCCGCGAAUUGCGCUCUGCUCAACCUGGUCUGCGGAGGAGUAGAGAGCUCCUGAGUGCGCCCCGGCGCGAGAGGGAGGCGAAGCCUUCCGCCCCACCUUGGGGGCCGUUUCCGGAGGCGGUCCCUCGCCACGAGGCGGCCGCCUGGGAGCUCCCUCCCCUUUCGCCAGAACAGGAAGUGAUGCACGGGCCCCCAUUUUCCGCCCAAUCACGGCCGCUGUCUUAUGCUCCGCCGCCGGCGGGUCGGUAUUUUUACAGGCGGCUUUGGCAGGGGGGACGCUUGUCUCAUGAGGUACAUCCACCUGGGAUAGAUAGUGGCCCCUACGAGAUAUUUCCUGUACAAGUAGCUAUGGGCCAGGGACGCAAUGUAUGGGAGCCUUUUGAGAUAAAGCAGAUUAGAGAACUUAAAAAUGCAGUUACAACCUUUGGGCCGACUGCGCCUUACACCAUUGCCAUGCUGGAGAAUCUGUCUUCUGGGCCCCUCACCCCCGCGGACUGGAUUCAGCUGGCAAAGGCGUGUCUGCCCUCGGGUAGUUACACAGAGUUCUCUGCCGAGCAGGCUGAGAAAAACGCCGGUCGAGGAAAUGAGGGCUGGGGAUUUAGCUUAGCGGCAUAAGUGCCUGCCUUGUAAGCAGGCAAUCGCCAGUUCGAUCCCUGGUACCAAUUAAAAAAAAAAAAAAAAAAAAAAGAUAAAAAUAAAAAAUAAAAAAUAAAAAACAAAAAGGGGGAGUAAGCCAAGGCCUGCCUCCAAAGGCGCGGUUAUCUAUGACAGGACAAUGGAUGGGCCCGGAUCCAGUGGUCAGCUGGAACCGAGGCGCGGUUUGUGUUUUCCCACAGGAAUCGGGACGAGAACCACUGUGGAUACCGGAGAGACUGACACGGACAACAAAGCCCUCGACUAAAGAUCAGACCUGCCCUACUGGAGAUCCAUCACAGACCAACCAACAAGAUGAAUAGAAAUAGCGGUAGCCCGAAAUGGACAAGAAGAUCCUCAGGCAUAUGCAUGGCUCGCUCGCCUAGCCUACGACCGAGUCUAGGGACGGUGAGCUUCCCACACUCCUCCUCUAAAAAAUUAUGAUAUAGCAGGGUAGAUGAGUCAAUGACGGGUAAGAGCGUGCCUCCCCAGCACGACUCGACCUAAGCCAGGCCCUACCCCAUCCUGCACGUAAGCCGCUGGACUGUUAGAUGCUGCCCAGGUCUAAAUUUCUCUCCGAGGGGAUUUCUUUACGGAGAGGAAAUGAGUGCAAGCUUGUGUGCAUCCAGGUUCCGUCCAGUUUGUGCCUGGCCCUAGAAAAAGGACGAGGGCCUCAGGGCCUUGGCAGACCAUGGGACGGCCGACCAGGGUCUAAGCCAAGGACCUACGGUGGGCCUACACAUAGGGCAUAAGCCUCUGCACCCAGUCCAGGAAGGGCUACGAUGCGCACAUUCAUAAAAAAUAAAAAAGGGGGAGAUGUUGGGAGCCGCAGCCCCGAGCCCGGUCGCCUCACUUGGCGGACGUGAGGCCUGUAGUAAAGAGUGAGGCCUGAGGUAGAUUACCCCUCCCAUCGAAUAUGUUAGUUUCCUGCUUACCGCGUAAACAACCCGCUCAACAAUAUAGUCUGCCUGGCAACUGAUGAUGUUAGCCAAUCAGCUUGCCUUGCUUACUUUAACAUGAUUGGACACUGUACCCGUAUAUAUACCGGUGCCACCCCUGGGCGGAAGUAGAAGCCAGGUAGAAGCCCGGAAGUAGAAGCCCAAAAGGAGCCGCGGAGAGCGGACCGGUAGAGGCUUUGGGGCAGACUGAAGCACAAAAGGAGCCGCGGGGAGCGGACCAAAGGAGGCUUCAGCUGGGAGAACCCAGGGCAGGCUGUACGGAGAAGGAAAAUAAAAAGAAAAGGUUGUCCACUA